GUUUUCUAAUCGUAUGAGUCAUUGGAUUGCAUUCAUUAGACACCGAAGUUGUGCCUGAAGACAAUGACUUCAUUCAAACGCUUGCCAUCGACUGUCACUCCAAUCCAUUACUCCAUCACUUUGAGGCCAAACCUCACGAGUUUGACGUUCAGUGGAUCCGAAGACAUCGAAGUGCGCAUCAAUUCGGACACCAAUGAGAUUGUCUUAAACUCACUCGAGAUUGACAUCACUUCCGCCUCUUUUACGCCACAAAAUGGCAAAAAGUUGACUCCAUUGCGGAUCCAAAGCAGUGAUGAAACGGAAACCUCUUGUUUCACAUUCAGUGAACCCUUGACCUCUGGAACCGGUGUCUUAAGCAUUGAAUUCGCGGGUAUUUUGAACGACAAACUCAAAGGUUUCUAUCGAUCAAAAUAUACCGGCGCUGACGGACAGGAGGAAAGGUAUGCAGCGGUCACUCACUUCGAGCCCACCGGCGCUCGACGAGCCUUCCCGGGUUGGGACGAACCCGCUAUCAGAGCCACGUUUGCCAUCACUCUUGAGGUUCCCAUCGAUCGGACGACUCUUUCCAAUACUGAUGUCGUCUCAGAGGAGGUCCUCGAAGACAAUCCUCGUGUUAAGCGCGUGAAGUACUCGACGACACCAUUGAUGUCGACAUAUUUGUUGGCAUUCAUUGUCGGAGAGUUUGAUUUCGUCGAGAGUGCGACCACUGAUGGGGUGAGGGUUAGAGUGUACGCACCGAUAGGGAAGGCAUCGCAGGGAGAGUUCGCUCUGGAAGUGGGCGUCAAAGCGAUCGACUAUUACAACGACUACUUCGGGAUUCGCUAUCCGUUACCCAAACUGGAUAUGAUAGCCAUCGCUGACUUCGCGAUCGGCGCGAUGGAGAACUGGGGAGCCACGUUUGCCAUCACUCUUGAGGUUCCCAUCGAUCGGACGACUCUUUCCAAUACUGAUGUCGUCUCAGAGGAGGUCCUCGAAGAAGAUCCUCGUGUUAAGCGCGUGAAGUACUCGACGACACCAUUGAUGUCCACAUAUUUGUUGGCAUUCAUUGUCGGAGAGUUUGAUUUCGUCGAGAGUGCGACCACUGAUGGGGUGAGGGUUAGAGUGUACGCACCGGUAGGGAAGGCAUCGCAGGGAGAGUUCGCUCUCUUCGUGGGCGUCAAAGCGAUCGACUAUUACAACGACUACUUCGGGAUUCGCUAUCCGUUACCCAAACUGGAUAUGAUAGCCAUCGCUGACUUCGCGAUCGGCGCGAUGGAGAACUGGGGGUUAGUUACCUAUAGAGAGACCGCACUUCUUGUCGAUCCACUCAAUACAUCCGCCGUUCGCAAGCAAUACAUCGCUUUAGUUGUGGCGCACGAGUUGUCUCAUCAAUGGUUCGGCAAUUUAGUGACAAUCGAGUGGUGGACCCAUCUGUGGCUAAAGGAAGGGUUCGCCUCUUUCAUGGAAUACCUGUGUGUCGACCAUCUGUUACCCGAAUACCAGAUUUGGAUGCAAUACGCGACCGACACAUACCUAUCGGCCCUCGAGUUGGACGGUCUCCACAACUCCCAUCCCAUCGAAGUACCGGUCGGUCACCCGUCAGAAGUGAAUGAGAUAUUCGAUGAGAUCUCGUAUAGUAAAGGGUCGGCAAUCAUACGAAUGCUUCACCGGUAUAUUGGCGACGAGAUGUUCCGCAAAGGAAUGCAUUCCUAUCUCUCGCGUCACAGCUAUAAGAGUGCGAAGACUGAAGACCUCUGGACUGCACUCUUAGAGUCGAGUAAUAAACCGGUCAGAGAUGUGAUGAGCACUUGGACUCUGCAGAAGGGAUAUCCAGUUAUAUCUGUGACGUCCCGUCGCGACAAGGAUUCAGUGAUUUUAAGCCUAACUCAGGAGAAGUUCUGCGCCGACGGAAAACUGCCGGCGAAUGAGUCGACCACUCGAUGGCUGAUCCCUAUAUCUGUGAUCAGAGCUUCAGAUCCCAACCAAAUAGCCGUCGAAGUGCUAAUGGAUUCCAAGACACUGGACAUCGAAGUGCCGAACGUCUCAACCAAUGAAUGGCUAAAACUGAACGCGAGUUGUGUCGGAGUAUAUCGAGUGAACUAUUCUCCAGAACUGCUGUCACUUCUGUUGCCAUCGAUUGCCGACAAAACUCUUCCGCCUUUGGAUCGAUUGGGUCUUCAGAGCGAUGUCUUUGCUUUGGUUCAGAGCGGAAGGACAUCCACUCCAGAGGUCCUCAAACUGAUGGACGCCUUCGCCAACGAAGAC